ACAAGAGUUUCUGCAGCAACUACUUGCUGUUGAGCCCAGAGAAAGCCGGUGUCAUCGAUCUCUUGCGCAUUCUGAUGUACAGCGAUGUGCACAAAAGGGAAUUCCUGGACUCCUCCGAGGAAGGAGAGGAGAGCUUUGAGCGGAGGUGGAUCAUGUUUGUAUCCAUUCUCGUGCAGAAGCUUCUGCUUCUUGUGGCCAAACCCCUGUCUUUGAUCGGGUCGGUGAUCAAGUUUUUGUUGAAUCUCUUGUCGAGCAAUCGGAACUUUGGAAGGCUUCUUGUCAACUGCUUUCGAGGGAAAGUAGUGAUGCCGGACAGAGAGUCUGGGAGCUAUACAUCCAUCGUUGGCUAUUUGGACAAGAGAGUGGAACUGGACAACCGCAUCAGGCCUGGGGACAGUGAGUACCAUGCGGCUCUCUCCAUGAUGGCUUCGAAAGUAUCUUAUGAGAACAAGGCCUACCUUCAAACAACGAUCACCCACCACUGGCAGAUGGAUUUCUUGGGGUCCUACAACUUUUGGAAUGAUUAUCAAAGGAAAGUAACCACACAUGCCUUCAUGCUACGGGACCGUGACACCAUCAUGGUCGCCUUCCGAGGCACGGAACCUUUCAAUGCGGCCGAUUGGUGCUUGGACUUUGACCUCUCACGGUACGAGUUACCAGGACUUGGGAAUAUCCAUGGCGGGUUCAUGAAAGCUCUAGGCCUCCAGAAGACCCUAGGUUGGCCGAAAGAGCUCGACCCACUUCUCAAAACCCCCGCGCCGUUCGCUUACUAUGCCAUAAGGGAGAAACUAAGGUCACUGCUUGGCGAGAACGACAACGUGAAGUAUGUGUUGACCGGCCACAGCUUGGGAGGUGCGUUGGCGAUACUCUUCCCAGCGAUCUUGGCCAUUCACGGGGAGACGUGGCUGAUGGAGAGAUUGGAGGGGGUCUACACCUUUGGUCAACCUAGGGUUGGAGAUGACAAGUUUGGGGAGUUCAUGGAGAGGGUCUUGAAAGAAUAUCGGAUUGCGUACUUUCGAUUCGUUUAUGCCAAUGACAUUGUGCCUAGGUUGCCUUUCGAUGAUUCAGCUUCCAUGUUCACGCACUUUGGGCGUUGUUGCUAUUUCAAUAGCAAAUAUGAAGGGAAGGUCAUCCCAGAAGAACCGAACAAGAACUACUUCUCGCCUCUACCAAUGAUACCGAUGAUGAUAAAUGCGUGGUAUGAGCUCAUGAGAAGCUUUGUUAUUACUUGGGAGAAGGGACCAAGCUACAAGGAAGGAUUGUUAUUGAGGAUUGUUAGAGUGAUUGGCCUGCUGAUUCCAGGGAUACCUGCUCAUACUCCUCAGGAUUAUGUAAAUUCUACAAGAUUAGGAGGGUCUCAGCUAUUCCUACACCAACAAUGA